UGCUCGACUGCUCUUCUCCCCCGCCCAUGAUAAUAACACGGGGCGAGGAAAGGCGAGUGAAAAAGUGGAACUAAGUCGUCUCAACAUUCCCACUGGUGGGUUGUAGUCAACGUUUGGCGUGUAUGGCGGUGUAGAGAGGCGGUAAAGCGGGAAGGUUCUGCAGUAUCGACUCCUGUCUCAGCAGAAUGACGUCGACCGUGACCUUAGAGGAUGCCCUUUCUAACGUGGAUCUGCUGGAGGAGCUGCCCCUUCCGGACCAGCAGCCAUGUAUCGAGCCCCUCCCCUCCUCUGUCAUGUAUCAGCCCAACUUUAAUACCAACUUCGAGGACAGAAAUGCAUUCGUCACAGGAAUUGCCCGAUACAUUGAGCAGGCUACUGUCCACUCCAGCAUGAAUGAAAUGCUGGAGGAGGGGCAGGAAUAUGCCGUCAUGCUCUACACUUGGAGGAGCUGCUCUCGUGCUAUCCCACAGGUGAAAUGCAAUGAGCAGCCCAACAGAGUGGAGAUCUAUGAAAAGACGGUGGAGGUCCUGGAGCCAGAGGUCACCAAACUGAUGAACUUCAUGUACUUUCAGCGCAACGCCAUCGACCGCUUCUGUGGCGAAGUCCGGCGUCUGUGUCACACUGAGCGCAGGAAAGAUUUUGUCUCUGAAGCUUACUUGCUGACGCUUGGGAAGUUCAUCAACAUGUUUGCUGUGCUGGACGAGCUGAAGAACAUGAAGUGCAGUGUCAAGAACGACCACUCAGCCUACAAGCGUGCUGCUCAAUUCCUCAGAAAAAUGUCCGAGCCCUCAUCCAUCCAAGAGUCUCAGAACUUGUCCAUGUUCCUGGCUAACCAUAACAAAAUCACUCAGUCUCUGCAGCAGCAGUUGGAAGUGAUUAAUGGAUACGAGGAGCUGCUGGCUGACAUUGUCAACCUUUGCGUCGACUAUUAUGAGAACAAGAUGUACCUCACCCCCAGUGAGAAACAUAUGCUGCUUAAAGUCAUGGGCUUCGGCUUGUACCUCAUGGACGGAAACAGCAGCAACAUCUACAAACUGGAUGCCAAGAAGAGAAUAAACCUCUCAAAGAUUGACAAGUUUUUUAAGCAACUCCAGGUGGUUCCUCUUUUUGGUGAUAUGCAAAUAGAGUUGUCCAGGUACAUCAAGACCAGUGCUCACUUUGAGGAGAACAAAUCCAGGUGGACAUGUACUUCGAUUUCCAGCAGCCCUCAGUACAACAUCUGCGAGCAGAUGAUUCAGAUCAGAGAGGAUCACAUGCGAUUCAUCUCUGAGCUGGCACGCUAUAGCAACAGCGAGGUGGUGACUGGAUCAGGGCGACAGGAAGCCCAGAAGACUGACAUUGAGUACAGGAAGUUAUUUGAUUUGGCUCUGCAAGGAAUGCAGCUGCUCUCCCAGUGGAGCGCUCAUGUAAUGGAAGUGUACUCAUGGAAACUGGUUCAUCCGACAGACAAGUACUCCAACAAAGAAUGUCCAGACAAUGCGGAGGAGUACGAACGAGCGACCAGAUACAACUACACUAGCGAGGAGAAGUUUGCUCUCGUGGAGGUGAUCGCCAUGAUAAAGGGCCUGCAGGUCCUAAUGGGACGCAUGGAAAGUGUGUUCAAUCACGCCAUCCGCCACACUAUCUACUCAGCCCUGCAGGACUUUUCUCAGAUUACUCUGCGAGAUCCGCUGCGCAUCGCAAUUAAGAAGAAAAAGAACGUGGUCCAAAGUGUCCUACAAGCCAUCCGCAAGACUGUGUGUGACUGGGAAACGGGUCGAGAGCCUCACAAUGACCCUGCCCUCCGUGGAGAGAAGGAUCCAAAGGGUGGUUUUGACAUUAAGGUUCCCCGUCGGGCUGUGGGUCCCUCAAGUACACAGCUCUACAUGGUGAGGACAAUGCUGGAGUCUCUCAUUGCUGACAAAAGUGGAUCGAAGAAAACUCUCCGCAGCAGUCUGGAAGGUCCCACUAUCCUGGACAUCGAAAAAUUUCACCGGGAGUCCUUCUUCUACACCCAUCUGCUGAACUUCAGCGAAACCUUGCAGCAUUGUUGUGACCUCUCUCAGCUCUGGUUCAGAGAGUUCUUCCUGGAACUCACAAUGGGUCGUAGGAUCCAGUUCCCCAUUGAGAUGUCCAUGCCUUGGAUUCUCACAGACCACAUCCUGGAGACCAAGGAAUCCUCCAUGAUGGAGUACGUGCUGUAUCCACUGGACUUGUACAACGAUAGUGCACACUAUGCGCUGACAAAGUUCAAGAAGCAAUUCCUUUAUGACGAAAUUGAGGCUGAGGUGAACUUGUGCUUUGAUCAGUUUGUGUACAAGCUGGCUGAUCAGAUAUUUGCCUACUACAAGGUUCUGGCUGGAAGCCUCCUGCUCGACAAACGCUUGAGAGCCGACUGUAAAAGUCAAGGGGCUAACAUUCCUUGGCCGUCGUCAAACCGUUAUGAGACACUUCUGAAGCAGCGCCAUGUUCAGCUCCUAGGUCGCUCCAUUGACCUGAACAGGCUCAUCACACAGAGGGUGUCGGCAGCUCUCUACAAGUCUCUAGAACUGGCCAUCCACCGCUUCGAGAGUGAAGACCUCACUUCUAUCAUGGAGCUGGAUGGUCUUCUGGAGAUCAACAGAAUGACACACAAGCUCCUCAGUAAGUUCCUGACUCUGGACAGCUUGGACGCCAUGUUCCGUGAAGCCAACCACAACGUGUCUGCUCCCUACGGGCGGAUAACGCUGCAUGUCUUCUGGGAACUCAACUAUGACUUUCUCCCCAACUACUGCUACAAUGGCUCCACCAACAGGUUUGUGCGAACCGUCCUACCUUUCUCUCAAGAGUUUCAGAGAGACAAGCAGCCCAACGCACAACCCCACUAUCUUUAUGGGUCAAAGACCUUGAACCUUGCCUACAGCAGCAUCUUCAGCUGCUACCGGAACUUCGUGGGUCCUCCCCACAUCAAGGUCAUGUGCAGGUUGCUCGGCUACCAGGGUAUCGCUGUGGUCAUGGAGGAACUGCUGAAGGUUGUUAAAAGCUUGCUCCAGGGAACUAUCAUGCAGUAUGUGAAGACCCUGAUGGAAGUGAUGCCCAAGAUCUGCAGACUCCCCCGGCAUGAGUACGGCUCACCAGGAAUCCUGGAGUUCUUCCACCACCAGUUGAAGGACAUCGUGGAGUAUGCUGAGCUGAAGACAGUCUGCUUCCAGAACCUCAGGGAGGUGGGCAACGCAAUGCUCUUCUGCCUGCUGAGCGAGCAAAGUCUGUCGCAGGAGGAAGUGUGUGAUCUCCUGCAUGCUGCUCCAUUCCAGAACAUUCUUCCUCGGGUCCAUGUCAAAGAGGGCGAGCGGCUUGAUGCCAAGAUGAAGCGCCUGGAAGCCAAGUACACGGCUCUGCACAUGGUGCCCCUCAUCGAACGACUCGGGACGCCACAGCAAAUUGCGAUCGCUCGUGAGGGAGACCUUUUGACCAAAGAGCGACUGUGCUGUGGACUGUCCAUGUUCGAGGUUAUCCUCACGCGCGUGCGCGGCUUUCUGGACGACCCCAUCUGGCGAGGGCCGCUGCCCAGCAAUGGCGUGAUGCACGUGGACGAGUGCGUGGAAUUUCACCGGCUGUGGAGCGCCAUGCAGUUUGUGUACUGCAUCCCUGUGGGCACGAAUGAGUUCACUGUGGAGCAGUGUUUUGGGGACGGGCUGCACUGGGCCGGCUGUAUGAUCAUCGCCCUGCUGGGGCAGCAGAGACGCUUCGACAUCCUGGACUUCAGCUACCAUCUGCUGAAGGUGCAGAAGCACGACGGCAAGGAUGAAAUCAUCAAGAGCGUGCCUCUGAAGAAGAUGGUGGACAGGAUCCGUAAAUUCCAAGUCCUCAACAACGAGAUCUUCGCCAUCCUGAACAAGUACCUGAAGUCUGGAGACGGGGAGAACAUGCCGGUGGAACACGUCCGCUGCUUCCAGCCACCCAUACACCAGUCACUGGCCAGCAGCUGAAGAGCUCCACUGUCCGGCCUCCGUCACGAUCACUAGUAAUCCCGCUCAUUUACUUCAGUAGCAGAGGACCAGAGAGCGGCCACAGGGAGCCACUGUUGUCAAAAAUAGAAGAGAUUUGUAUUCACCUGUGCCUUAUAAGAGCUGAAUAGAUAUUGGAACAAUCUUUUUUUUAUACUUGCAGGACCAUUCUAGCUGUCAGGGAUGAGUUUUAUCAGAUAUUUAAGGGUUUGCAGUGGUGGAAUAGUAGGUGAUGGUGAUUUUGUAUUUUCUAGAAUGAUGGCGACGCAUGCAAAAGUAUUUUAAAGCAUUGAAGCUUGAUAAUCAUUUAUUCACUGUGCCUUGUAUUUCAAAUGUUUUAACCAUUUUAAUUCAAUAAAUAU